AUGGUGGAAACGGAUAUCCAAGGCGUGGAGUUUUGGGUGGUGAACACGGACGCGCAAGCGUUGACGUCGUCCACGGUUCCGAAAUCGAACACGAUUCAAAUUGGCGAGACGUUGACGAGAGGUCUCGGCGCCGGGUCGAACCCGGAGAUUGGACAGAAAGCGGCGGAAGAGUCGAGGAAGUCGAUCGAGGACGCGUUGCAAGGUUCGGAUAUGGUAUUCGUGACGGCCGGGAUGGGUGGUGGUACCGGGUCUGGAGCGGCGCCGGUGGUUGCGAAUGUCGCGAAGACGGCGGGGAUUUUGACGGUUGGGAUUGUGACCAUGCCGUUUAAGUUUGAAGGGAGACAGAGGUAUAAUCAAGCGAUGGAGGCGGUGGAGAGGUUGAGACAGAACGUGGAUACGUUGAUUGUGAUUCCAAACGACCGAUUGUUGUCCACGGUGGACGGCGCGUUACCGUUGCAAGAUGCGUUUUUGUUGGCGGAUGAUAUUUUGAGACAAGGAGUGAGAGGUAUUUGUGAUAUCAUCGUGUUACCGGGUUUGAUCAACGUCGAUUUUGCGGAUGUGAGAGCGGUGAUGGCGGAUGCCGGGUCGUCUUUGAUGGGUAUUGGUCGAGCGACUGGUAAGAACAGAGCGAGAGAUGCGGCAGCGGCUGCGAUUUCGUCACCGUUGUUGGAUUUGGGCAUCGAUCGAGCGACUGGCAUUGUGUGGAACAUUUCCGGCGGGAAGGAUUUGACGUUGCACGAAGUCAACGAGGCGGCGGAGGUGAUUUACGAUUUAGUCGACGACUCCGCGCUGAUUAUCUUUGGGGCGGUGGUGAACCCGACCAUGCAAUUAGCGGACGGGGAGGUUGCUAUCACGUUGAUUGCGACGGGAUUUUCGCCGUUUUCGCAAUCGAACGCGGGCGAACAAAGAGUCCCGAGAGCCGCCGCGCCGCCGCCACCACAAAUGCCGCCGCCGCAACAAAGACAACAACAACAACAACAACGAAGAGAAGAACCGCGACAAGAACAAGAGCCCUCUGGAUGGGGGAAUCAGCAAGCGCCGCCGCAACAGCAGCCGGAAGGUGGGCGAUCGGCCAUCCCAAGCUUUUUGCGAAAGAGAAUGGGUCGUUAA